GAACACAGUUUCUAGUUGCACCCUAUUUUCACAUGAAUGGGAAAGGAAGUGAUAGAGCAUGAGUUAUCAUUAUUUGUGCAUCGCUGCAUGUAGUUUUUCCAAUAUAUGGAUAUAACACAUACACAUUCUCGUAAGGUUCAAGUCUCGUAUUGUGUCGGAACAGGUACGAAGAUUAUCUGUUGCCUUGAAUGAUCAGACUGCUGAAUUACUGGAUAGCCCGAGCUAAUUAACGGAGCCAACAAAUAGUUAACUGCCAAGCUGUAAUAAUGCUGCAGGAAAUUAUUGCAUUACCAGUUGAAGACAAAAUCUUUUACGCUGUCCUGGUCUUCUCAUGGACGGUGUAUGUUUGGGAGGCCUACCUCGCCUAUAGACAGAGGAAGGUCUACAGGACUACAAUGCAUGUGCCCACUGAGCUGGGCAAGAUAAUGGAUUCAGAAACAUUUGAAAAGUCUCGCCUUUAUCAGCUGGACAAGAGCAACUUUGGCUUCUGGUCUGGACUCUACUCUGAGGCAGAGGGCACGCUGGUACUGCUCCUAGGAGGAAUUCCGUUCCUUUGGAAAGUGUCAGGGAAUCUCACAGCUCGUUUUGGUUUUGGUCCAGAGUAUGAGAUCUCCCAUUCUUUGGUGUUCUUGAUGCUGGCCACACUAUUUAGUGCUCUGACUGGCCUUCCCUGGAGCCUCUAUAACACUUUUGUUAUUGAAGAGAAGCAUGGAUUCAACCAACAGACGCUGGGUUUCUUCCUGAAAGACGCUCUGAAGAAGUUUGCUGUGACUCAGUGUAUUUUGUUGCCAGUGACAUCAUUGCUCCUCUACAUCAUCAAGAUUGGCGGUGAUUACUUCUUCAUCUACGCCUGGCUCUUCACACUCAUCGUCUCACUGAUUCUGGUGACUAUCUACGCAGACUACAUCGCCCCUCUGUUUGAUAAGUUUACUCCACUGCCAGAUGGAGAGCUGAAGAGUGAGAUUGAGAGCAUGGCAAAGUCCAUCUACUUCCCCCUCACCAAGAUCUAUGUAGUUGAAGGUUCAAAGAGAUCUUCCCACAGUAAUGCUUACUUCUAUGGUUUCUUCAAAAACAAGCGCAUUGUGCUAUUUGACACGCUUUUAGAGGACUACUCCCCUUUAAAUCAAUCUGGAGAGAAAGAGCCAGGAACGGGAGAGGAGAACGAGGCAGUGGUCAAUGAGAGCAAGUCCAAACCAAAGAACAAGAAACAGGGCUGCAGUAACCCUGAGGUUCUGGCAGUUCUUGGACAUGAACUGGGACAUUGGAAACUAGGCCACACAGUCAAGAACAUUGUCAUCAGCCAGAUGAACUCCUUCCUGUGUUUCUUCCUUUUUGCUGUGCUGAUUGGGCAAAAAGAGCUCUUCAUGGCAUUUGGUUUUCAUGACACCCAACCGACUCUUAUCGGGCUGAUGAUCAUCUUUCAGUUUAUCUUCUCGCCUUACAAUGAGUUGCUGUCGUUCUGUCUGACGGUGUUGAGCCGAAGGUUCGAGUUUCAGGCAGACGCAUUUGCGCGCGGUAUGGGCCGAUCGUCUGAGCUGUACUCCGCUCUCAUCAAGCUUAAUAAAGACAACCUGGGCUUUCCUGUAGCAGAUUGGCUGUUCUCUAUGUGGCAUUACUCCCAUCCUCCCCUGCUAGAGCGGCUCAGAGCCCUCACUGGACCCAAGCAAGACUGACGGCUUUGCAAGGGGGGGCCACGUUCACCACUCGCUCCCCCAAGAAAAGGUCUCCGCCGGCCUCUGUUGGCCCUCUGAUAUUGAUGCCUAUUUCUCUCUCCUUCCCUCUCUUUUAUUUCUAAUUCUCUUCCUAAGUAUUUGUGUUUUGUCAUUUGCUUAUCGCCCUGGAAGAAAAGUCUAAAUUGUUUUCAGAUGGCUUCAGACAACUCCAUGUACAAGAUGUUAAGCCUGUGUGUUUUUGCAAUUGUUCUUGAUAUGAUUUUGAUUGUUUUAAUUCGAUUGUACAUUUUAGCUGUCAAUUGCCCCUCCCCUCCAUGCAUUUUCACUUUGAUUUAAUGUAAGCCACAUGGACCGUGAGAGAGAGGAGGUUAAAACAUCUCAGAGGGGCCAUCAGCACCAUUUAAAACCAAUUCUUACAUUUAAUACCGAAUGCCAGUUGGAGAACUUAAAAUAUGUCUGUCUGCUGAAAUGGGAAUGAGGAUUGUCUGCAGUAUAAUGAAGCACAUGGUUCAAAUCACAGAUGUAUAUGGCUCAAUAAGGCGGACUAAAAUGUCUAUUCCAAUUUUAGUUCUUUUGAAACCCUUUUGAAAUUUUGUUCGUUUUACUUUUAUGACCAAAACGGGUUUGAGCAUUUCUGUAAAUAUAUUAAUUUUUGUGAAAUAUGAGCAACAUGAAAGGGCAAAGGUGACUUUAAAAAUAUUUAAUGAGUGGUUGGAAAUCUUGUUUUAUUACUUAGUUAAUUUUUUCUCUGUGCCUGAGUGUUACUAUGAGAAUAUGUGCAGUCCCAUUCCCCCAUUUCCUCAUAGACUAUAAACCCUGAAUCGUAUCAGUUUUGCUGGUGGCUUGAAACUGCAUUUAUAAAUUUAGCAUGCAAUCUUGUCAAAAUUUUGGACUCUAAAGGCUUUUACUUUGACAUGUUAAUGGAUUGAAGUGGAGUAGUAAUGGCUUAAAUAGUCCAUGAAAUGCCCACCCAAUGAAAAUUAUCCAUAGACUGAAAUGGCUGUGGGUUCAUACUUCUCCCCAAGGAAUAUGUCUUAUGACAUCUGGAAUGAUUGACUGAAUAGUCUGGAAAGAUAAACUUUUGCAUCACUAUGAAUAAAAACAUCACAACAGCUUUUAA